AUGGCUUCUCCAGAGCCCACUGACAACACCGAGACACCUGGAUCCGGCCUUUGUCCACCUCUGCACAUGGAAAGCAGCAGCGAUGCAUGUGAAAAGACACAAAGAACAUGCGGUCAUCUCUGCCUCGGGCAGAAUAAACUGUAUAAGAACUCAUUUGUGAACUGGGGAGACUCUGACAUUCGGGGUCAGAUCCGUGUUCACUUGGCGCCGAUCCCGGGCUCCAUACUGACCCUUGGCUGUGGUGGUUUCAACAACAGAACUUCGGAAGGUCCAGAUGUUAUCUUCCAGGUGCAGGUGCCAGAGGAAAUCCUCUCUGAUGGCCCAGGAAUGUCCCAUUCGUAUGGUAACAGAUCUGGUUUUGUCUCAAUGCUGUCCGAGAACGGAGGGACCUGUGGUCUCUGGCCCAUGGCUGCUUCCUAUGGCCCCAUGGCUUAUGACUUUGACCCCAUGGCUCCAGACUAUGGUGAAGUGAACAUCACUGGUGGCACAGAUGUCCAGCCAGGAGCCUGGGCCGGGAUUGUCAGCAUCCAGGAUCCCUGGAAACCAGGCACAGGGCACAUCUGUGGAGGGUCCCUCAUCAGCACAGAGUGGGUCCUCACAGCUGCCCACUGCUUCAUCAACGCCAGGAACACCAGCACAUGGCAUGUGGUGGCUGGGGCCACCCGGUUGACCCAGCUGGGCCCUGAGGUGCAAGUGCGCCACAUUAAGCAGCUGCGGGUUCAUGAACACUAUAUUCCUGGUGAGGAGAGGAACAACAUUGCCUUGCUGAAAUUGGACCAGCCUGUCGUGUGCAACCACUACGUACAGCUGGGCUGUGUGCCUGACACCACACUGAAAGUGUUGGAGCUGGAAGCCUGUUACAUUGCUGGCUGGGGUAUUACUACUACAAGAGCUCAAAGACCAAGUGAUGUGCUGCAGGAGGCCAAGAUCCACCUCAUUGAUGUCCAGCUCUGUAACAGCAGCCUCUGGUAUACAGGGGCCAUCCACACUCAACAUCUGUGUGCUGGUUACUCAGUGGGUGGCAUCAACCCCUGCCAGGGUGACAGUGGUGGUCCUCUGGUGUGCAAAGAUAACAAUGCUGCCUUCUUCUGGCUUGUUGGUGUGGCCAGCUGGGUGAAAGACUGUGCAGGAGCAAACCAGCCUGGUGUCUACACCUCCAUUCAGCACUUCUAUGACUGGAUCCUGGUCCAGAUAGACCCACAGACAGAGAGAAGGGCAUCAAGACAUUCUAUGACUGCCCUAACUCCCCCUCAGAAGCAAAGACCAACACCAACACCAUUGGACAGAUUUAGCUCCUCUCCAUUUUCACUCCAGAAGAUGGUGAGAUUUUUUACUCAGGCACAGGAGCUCCUUCAGGUCUUAAGGAGAAAACUGGCUAAAGAAGCAGGAUGA